AGGGGGUAAACUCUUCUCAUGGCGGUAUGAAUAAUUGACAAAAUAUUGAUUUAUCUGAGUCGAAAAUUAUAUUUUAGCGGAAAGUAUUUUGCAAUUACCAAAACUAACGAUUUAUAGUCCCAAAUUGAGAUGAAAUUAUAGUUUUAUCAAUUUGAUUUUACUUGUUACACCCCUACAAGUUUGGAGAUCGAAGAUUUCGUCUGUUAAUGAACAAUGUAGUUCCCGUCAGCUUUCCUGCUGCGGUCUCUUUCUCAGGAUCCAAAGUUUGACUCUCCACCCCCUCCCUUUAUUAUGAUCAGCAUGCACUGAAGAAUUAUGACGGUCAUAUUUCUCAUGGCAAGCCCGUGGAAAAGUCAUUUAUCCAUCGAGUCACAGGAGAAAAGGUGAGGGUUGGCCAUGGAGGCUCUCUGGCUGAAUUGCGUGAUCCUGACGGUGACAGCAACAUGGACGGGUGUAUGCGCAACACACGCUAAGCAAACAAGAUGGCCUUUAUAUUCCCAGACACCAGUUCUCCAGGUUUGGAAUGCUGCCACUCAGGACUGUUUCCCGAGGCACGGUGUCACUUUACCCUUGGACCAGUUUGACAUUGUGGCCUCGCCCAACGAGGGCUUUGUCCGACAAAACCUGACCAUAUUCUACAAGGAGCGCCUCGGCCUUUACCCUUAUUACGAUCAUGAUGGCACUGCGGUUAACAAGGGGCUUCCGCAGCUUGCCAGCCUGGUUGAACACUAUGAAAAGAUGCCAGAAGGUGUGCAGAAAUACAUCCGGGAACCAGAGGCCAAAGGUUUGGCUGUUAUCGACUGGGAAGAGUGGCGCCCGCUGUGGAUCAGGAAUUGGGAGUCUAAAGACAUCUAUCGAAGUAAAUCGCGGGAAAUGGUUCUGAAGAAGAACCCAACAUGGAGCCAGGAGCAAGCUGCAAAGGUGGCCAAGCAGGAGUUUGAGCUGUCGGCUCGUGAAUUCAUGCUGGAGACGCUGAAACAUGCAAAGAAUUUGAGGCCCAAUCAAGUGUGGGGCUUCUACUUGUUCCCGGAUUGCUACAACCACGACUACAGGAAUGGUCUGAAGAACUACACGGGUCGCUGCCCCGAGUUGGAGAUGGCCCGUAACGACCAGCUCAACUGGCUGUGGAUGGAGUGCACGGCGCUCUUCCCUUCCAUAUACAUGGGGUCCGUGCUGCGCUCCACACGUCAUGGGCGCCUUUUUGUGCGCAACAGGGUGAAGGAGGCCAUGCGCCUGGCAUCUGUUGGGGACGGAUUGGCGCGCCCGGUUUUCGUCUACACCCGCCCCACGUACAUCAAUCAGAUGGAUCUCCUCACUGAGACAGAUCUGGUGUCCACCAUCGGUGAGAGCGUUGCACUGGGAGCGGCGGGAGUCAUCUUCUGGGGAGACUCGUCCUACUCGAGCGAGAGCGGCUGCUUGACCCUUAAAGACUAUCUCAACGGAGCGUUGGGCCGCUACCUGCUCAACGUGUCCACGGCGGCCGAAGAGUGCAGUCGCACACGCUGCAACCUGCACGGCCGCUGCCUGCGCAGUCAUCCCGACGACGACACGUACUUGCACCUCAGCCCGUCCGCGCACAGCAUCGCUCGGCAGAACGGCCGCCUGAAGGUGAGCGGAAAGCCCAGUCAGGCCGAGCUGGCUCUUUUCCGUCAACACUUCCAGUGCCAGUGCUACACUGGUUACCAGGGGGAAGCCUGUGCUCUGAGAGCCAAAGGGCAGAAUAAAGCCCCCUCUGUUCUAGGAAUAUGGCCGCUUUGCAUUUUACUCCCGCUUGGACUCCUCAUUCUGUUACAGUGAGGAAAAGAAGCAACUUCAAAUGAUUCUAGUUGGGCUGUUUGACAUGAACUCACUCCAAGUUCCUGAACAAUACAAAUACUGCUGAAUCACUCGCCGAUGACUUAUCUUGUACAUGAGCCAGAUUUUCCAAAUGUGGUCUUAUUUUUCACUUCCCCUCCCGAGCAUCUUUCUAACAGAAUAAUGCGAGUGUGAGUCAAGCUUCACGAGAAGCUCUCCAAAUGCUUAACCACAUUCUACAGCCAAAUGCUCAUAACGUUGUUUGAAAUUCAUACAUUUCUCUCAGGCCGCAUGCACCAUGCUGUCCUUGACCUCCAGAUGGUGAUACAUACUCUCUGUCUCGACCGCAGUGUCUUUGUUUUCUACAGUACAUUUCAAUUUGUUGCUUAAUCACUUUGUCGAAAACAAUUUAUUAUGCCAGAAGGUGCCGAAUUAUUACAAAUCAUACUAUGCAGCAUAGAAUAUUUUCAACAUUUCAGAGAACACAUCUGCAUUAUCAUUUUGUCCCUUAUGGUAACAUGACACUCCCUCCCAUUCCGCAGCCCCCACCCCGCAAUCUUUUCGCCUCCAACUUAUUUUCCUGCUAGUCAACAUGAGUGAUAGUUCUCGAAAAAAAAAAAAUCUUUAUAUCUACCUUUGUUUGGUGGGAAGAAAACAAAUGCUUGACCAUGACAUGGCUGUACGUGCUUUUUAUUAAUAAUAUGAAAUAAUGUGGCUGGGCCUGAACUGUUCUAUUUGAGAAGUGUGAUGUUGCAGUCGAGUUUCUUUGUUUACAGAUGCCAUUCGAGUUUUUAAUGCAGUGUUCAUCUCAGCCUUGUAUCGGUUUACAGUCUCUUGUACCAGUCCAAAUGCCUUUCAGUUUUUCAUCGGAAAUUUGUACGAGUAAAGGAAAAGUAAAGGUUAUGAAUAUAUCCUAUAUAUAUAUAUAUAUAUAUAUAUAUAUAUAUAUGUUCUGGAUUUAUUCGUGAUGUCAAUGGGCAAAGAGUCUUUAGUCACCUAAAUGCAUUAGGAGCGAAAGGAAUAUCUCAAAUGCUAUUAUGGAACAAAAUGUUUACAAUGAUUUAUGGAAUGCUGCACUUUAACACAUUUUCUAUUGAACAAGAGACUGCUGCGUAAAGUAUGUACAGGGCCGACAAACAGUGCAUUGUGUAUGGUCUUUUCAUUUAGUAUUUACAUUGUUUUGGGGGAGUGUUUGCAAGUUGUGUUUUCCUCACAUACAUUGAUGUCAUAGUUUGAAACCAAACCAGAAAAAAAAACAGGCUUGAUUGAUUACAUGUUUUUAAUUCAGUAUUUAAUGUUCUUAUUUGAUCUUUUUUUUUUAACAUUAAAACGCAUCUGAAUGUGA